UCUGUACAGUGACACCAGCUAUUAGCUACUACUGCUCUGUCCCACCUGAGCGUCUUUUUCCCAGAUUUUUCUCCCGGUACAUCCCCCAAAACAGUCCCCAGCAUGAGUUCCUCUCCGCUGGUGUCUCGAGCCAACGUGGACAUCCUGGAUGAGCUGCAGCUGAUCGCAGCCCAGAACCUGGAGAGACUGGAGGUCAACAAGUAUUACGAGGUGAUCAGGGAGCUGGGCAAGGGCACCUACGGCAAGGUGGACCUGGUUAUCCACAAGAUCAGAGGUACAAAAAUGGCACUGAAGUUCCUAAAGAAGAAGACAACCAAGCUGAAGUCGUUCCUGCGGGAGUACAGCAUUUCACUCUACCUGUCUCCCUGCCCUUUCAUCAUUAACAUGUUUGGCAUCGCCUUCGAGACAGAUGACUACUACGUGUUCGCCCAGGAGUAUGCUCUGGCAGGAGACCUCUUUGAUAUCAUUCCUCCACAGGUUGGUCUUCCUGAGGCAGUGGCAAAGCGUUGUGUGCACCAAGUAGCCAUAGCUUUGGACUACUUGCACUGUAAGAAGCUGGUCCACAGGGACAUCAAGCCUGAAAAUAUCCUUAUUUUUGAUCGAGAGUGCCGCAAAGUCAAGCUGUCAGAUUUUGGCAUGACCCGCCGAGCUGGCUCACCUGUGAAAAGAGUGAGUGGCACCAUCCCCUACACAGCUCCAGAGCUUUGUGACGUGUCUCGUCAUGAGGGUUUCUCAGUGGACUACAGCACUGACGUUUGGGCCUUCGGUGUGCUGCUGUUCUGCAUGCUGACUGGCAACUUCCCCUGGGAGAAGGCACUGCCCUCUGACUCCUUCUACCAGGAGUUUAUUCGCUGGCAGAAAAGGAGGACGAACACGGUGCCGUCCCAGUGGAGGCGCUUCACUGAGCAGGCCCUCCGCAUGUUCCGCCGGCUGCUCUCUGUGGAACAGGACCGCCGCUGCUCCGUCAAAGAGGUCUUUGGCUACUUCAGCCACUCCUGGAUGCUAGACACAGAGAAUAACAACAAAAAUUGCAACGGCAACAGUGGAGGUGGCGGAGAGAGGGUUGGUGGUGGUGGAGGAGGAGGAGGGGGGGUGAGAGGAGAGGUGGACGGCACUAUCUCCUCAUCUUCAUCCGGGGAAGAAGACGAGGAACUCCUUGUGGAGAGGAUGAAGCAGCAGACUCUCUCCCCGCUGUCACCUCUCUCUCCCAUGUCUCCAGGGGUAGUUGAGAGGGCGAGCGGUGGCGGGGCUAAGGGUGGGAUGAUGGAACCAGGUGGCGGCCACCAUUUUGUGUCCGUCUCCACCAACAGCUCUGUGUCGUCCACCAAUAGCUAUGAUCGAAUGCCACGAGAAAACAAUUCACCUGGUGGCCGCAUGCUGGUGGCUACACCCAUUGAAAUCUGCGUCUGAGUGCAUCAGAAUGUUCAAGCUGUUACAGACUCACUGGUACACACUUUUAUACCUCUCAUUCAACCACAUAGAUGUGCAUGCAUGGACAAAGAAACAGACAAUGAGUACUAACACUUGUCCCCAUUUUAAACAUCUUGGGAAAGGUAGAGCACACAUGGAAGACUAAACAAGAGAGUAUUUGAAGAAUGCAUACAUUCCUUACGAGGUAGGAUUUUUGGUCAGACUGGAGUCAAAAGACUCCAUAAGAAGCCCCAUUUAUACUUUGAUUUCAAUGACGGGUGCAAAUGCAGUUUUGUGAAACCCAGAGGAAAAAUGAAAAGAUGCUUCCAUCAGAGAUUUUGUCAAUAAAACUAUCUGAAAAGAAGACCAAAAUGUAUUUCUUAAAGCAAUACUUUGAGCAAAAAAAGCAAAUAUAGACACAAAGGGGCAGAGUGCUGUGUAAUCUCUUCAGGACGGGACUGCUGUCAUUUUUGGACGAAGCCAAGAGACAAAGAAUUUGUAUUUUUGAAGAAGACUAAAAACAGAGUUCAAAGAAAUAACAUGUAGGAUAAAAACAAGUGAGCAGUGGUUUAAAUGUUUCGUGUUACAAAAAUGUGAAGUGUGAGUGUGUCUGUUAUGUGUAUCACUUGUGUUCCGUGUGUUUGAAUCCAGAAAGUGUAUUUAUUUUGCUUUAAGAAUUUUAUUCUUUGUUUGAAUCUAAAAAGACUACACACACUAUUUUUUUAUUGUUAUUUGUAAAGCAGCUUUCUUUCUUUUUCAUUAGACUUCAUAUUGUAUUUUGGUGUUGUGGCAUAGCUGUGCCAAAUCCACACAGCUAUUAUGUGCAACACAUGUGGUUGGCUGCUGCACAUAUUAGUAUGAGUAGCUGCAUAUCAUGUAUGAGGUUUGGCCGACGGAAUAUUUUACAGCUGCUGCCUGUAAACCAGUAUGUCCAUUAGCAACAGACUAGUCUGAGAGAAAGCUUAUAAUGUCUCUGUACUUUGUGUCAAACAUAUCUACUUAACUGUUGACAAACUAUUUUCUUUUCACUCUCCAAAAUUCUGUUUAUAGCUUCUGUUUUCUUUGAAACAUUUCUCAAAAAUUCGUUUGUAUUGCUUGUUUUCCUCAAAACCUUUAGCAAAAUGUAUUGUCUGAAAAGAAAAGAGACAUGAUCAUUUUCAAUUCAAUCUGAAGAAAAGAAAUCACAGAUGUCAGAAGAGUCACCUUUUACAAACUGCAUGAUGAGUAGUUUAAAGUUAUCUUUAUGAAGAAUUUGAAUCAGCUUUGCAAAAAAAAAAAAUACAGGGAAAAAAAAAGAUAAAAAGAAACGUAAAAUGUCGUGAUGUGAAAUUUUUGCCGUAGCACAAUUUCCUGCAUUAUGUCCCUGAGUGAAUAUUGCUGUCAUGAUCUCUUGAGACAUACUAGGGCUAAAAAAAAUCAGAACAAUAACUAGUUUCUAUUCAGUGUGUUGUAUUUGUAUUGCUGUUAUGCUGUGUACUCAUCUCACUACCUUCAGGAACAGAAAAAUAAAGCAAAGCAUGAGGACAUAGAGUGACAGAGCUGAGUUGAGUCACAGGUAGGGAAUUAAAUCAUGUUAUUUUUGUAUCUUAAUUGCCACCAGUAGUGAAGUAGUGUGGUGUGGAUAGGUCUUUCCUAUCAAGUUAAAAUUAACAGGAAAAAAAGUAAUCAAUUUCUUUCUUUAACUCAACAUUACCUAAAUAAAUAUGUAAUCACUACAUUUUAUUUUACCAAAAUAAAAGAAAGCAUUGGAUCAUGCAUAGGACUGGGCAUUUUGUGUUAUGCUUUCCAGACGGAAAUGUGCAUGAACUUGUAUGUGCUAAAGCUCUGUAGAGCCUUAGCACAUACAAGUAGAGAGCGAGUAUGGAAAUUACAUCUUGUGACAAUCUCUGACCUCAUUGGCAGCCCUCUAACUCAGAACAAAGGACAGUCCUGAUACAGAUACUGUAGUUGUGCUGUUUUCUAUAGCCGGUUGCUCUCCAUCAGCCAGCUGCAAGCAGCACUGAUUCUGAACAUUCACUGUGUAAACCUCAGCACAUCACAUUCAGCUGGGGGGGGGGUGUCUCACAUGACUGUGUGAAGAAGACAUGUCUUUCUGUCUCUGCAGUUUUCACUUUAAAAGUAUCCUUCACUUUAAAAGUAUCCUUAGCCCCUCUCAGAUGUAUCUGCAAACCUGAAAACCAUUAACGCUCAUUAUCAGUCUGGUGAGAAAUUCUGUAAAUCUGGCAGUGGCGGAGCCAAGGGGUGGCCAGUUAUGGCCUCUAGGGCUGUCACUUUUUGGAAAAAGAAACAAACAAAAUCAAUUAAGAAUUUACAUGUCAUUUGUUCAAAUUAGAACACAACCCACAUACUUUAAUCAUGAAAAUACACUGCAGAAUUGACGUUCUAUUCACUAGCGUGCCUCCACCUUAAUGCUAACAUUAACUCCAGAUUUGUUGUUGUGGUAAUGCUAUCGACAGGUGGGCUAAAAAAAGAAGCUAAACGGCUUUACCUUUAUCUACAAGUUUUCCAUCUCUGGUGCCAAAUCCAAAAUGCCUUCAACCAUGACUUAUUAUAAUGGGUGCAAAUCACAAAUUGUUUAAUCACAAUACAAUAUUAUAUUGAUUCUUUGGAUACGAUAUUUGCCGAUUCAGUAGCCUGAAAUCGAUAAGAGAUGACAUUAUUUGCCCAUUCAGCACAGUCUGUUACAGAAGAAACUGCCACCCCUUUCUUUUUUGCUUUUGGCCAUUAAAGAUAAAAACAACACAUAAUGUAAAUAACUAGUCCAUACCCACUGGUAGCUUUGUCACCUUCUACCUAUGCCAAACCUCAAUGCCUAUGUGCAGUUUCACAUAGAUUGACCAUGUCAGUGAGUAGAAAAAUGUGGGACAGACAGAAUGACUGACUGACAGAAUGACACACUGACAGUUUCCGUGAUUAUGUACAGCAUACCAUACCAUGACUUAGUCAUACCAAAAAAACAAAAAAAAACAAAAAAAAAAACAUUCGGCCACAGGGGGAGCCACAGUGAUCGGUCACAUUUUAGCCAUUUUUAAGGAUUUUUCUGUUGUUAUAGUGCCACCCAGUUGCCAAUUAGAGUUAAAUUUCUCCAGUCACCUUGAGGCAUCCUGUUCUA